CUCCGCACCCGCCGCCGCCGCCCUCCCUCGGCUCGCCGCGUCUCCCGGGCCGCGUCCGCAGGCUGAGCCCAGGCGGGCCGCGGCGAGCACCCCGCAGCUCCGCGCCCCCACCCGGCCCGGCUCCCAGCGGAAAGUUGGGCUGCGGCGGGCUGCGUUCGGGAAAAAGCGAGGCGACAUGAGGGGGCACCGAGGGGUCGCCUAAGACACCGGGAAGGCGGCGCCGCGCGCGGGGACAACUUCGCCCCGGGCGCGCAGCCCCCGGCCGGGCUCGCGGUGGUUCCUCCCGUCCCUCGGCCUCCCCUGCCGAUCGCGACGCGGACCUUGGUCCUGGCGGCUCCGCGGCGGUGACACGAGCCCGCCUCAGCGGCCGCCUCAGUCUCCUGCCGUGCCGCCACCUUGCCCGCACCAUGGAGUUCUCGGAGAGGAAAAGAAGCAGGAAAUCCCAGAGCUUCAAACUGGUGAGCCGAGAUUAUCACCAUGAGGUGUAUAAAAUCUCAGAAUUCAGCAACGAUGUUAAUGGGGAGACCAAAGAGACACAACCCAUGUUCUUAGGAGACGGAAGCAUGGAAAUUAAGAAACAAAUUACGGGGAUGAGAAGAUUACUGAAUGACCGUACCGGGAGGAUCUAUCAACGCGUCGGCAAAGAAGGGGAAAAACUAAAAGAAGAGCCCCAGGAUGUGGAUUUAGUCUGGCCUCAGAGAUUGAACUCCUCCACCGAGGCCCCGCAGGGCCUCCACCCUCCUUCACGUGGGGCGUGGAAUGAACUACCAGCCCAAAGCGGGCAGUUCUCAGGGCAGCCCGGUCCACGUUCUAGAACCUUCCAGAGUCAGCCCCACAUCUCUGCAAGUUCCAAUGGGGAACUUCCAGGGGUGAAUUCGACGGCCGGAUCCAACUGCUGCACUUGUAACUGCCAGUCAACCUUGCAGGCCAUUCUCCAAGAACUCAAGACCAUGAGGAAAUUAAUGCACUUUCAAGCAGUUGGAACUCAAAACAGACAACAACCCCCAAUUUCCCUUGUGUGCUCCCAGCGAACCGCCAUCUCACGCAAGAGAAAUAAAAAGAAAAAGGUGCUCCCGAAGGCUGUGGAACCCAUGACUACUGUGAAACCAAAGCCUAGUCCCUCGGAAACUGAGAAGAAGCCAGCAGCCGUGGCCGCAAGGCCACCUGGUCUCCAAGCUGCAGAGUGCGCUUCCGCUGAGGAGAACCACAUCUUGGGAUUUGGCAUUGUCCUCAAAUCGCCGUCCUCAGAUUUAACACAGAAUCCAGACCUAAGUUACACAGACUCGAAAGCAGAAACUGAAAGCCAAUUCUGAAAUUCAAAUACGCGACUUGAAUUCACGACACAGUGCUCUCUGAGACCAGUCUUACGCUCACAGCUGUUGGACGCCAGGUUCGUUGAUCACUGUUUCUCAGAGCGGGUAUCACGCCUGAGCUACGUUAGUUUUAUGUUUGUCAACGGUUGACUUCUGUUUUGUUUGGUUUGCUUUAUUGAACCACUCAGAUAAGCUUCAAAAACCUACUUCGUAAUUUUUAACCAUAGAAAAUGCUUUUAUUCGAUGGAGUUAUCAUAAACACUCUCCACUAAUUCCAGGUUGCAUAAAUUCUGACUGAAGACAAAGGAUGACUGACGACCCAUCGGUUUGAGAUAAUUUUGUUAAUCCUGGUUUCGUAUGCUUCUUAAGUGAUUUUAAACGCACUGGUGCCUGCAACAAAAAUAGCUCCUUAAUUCAAUGUGCUUUCCUGAUAACAUCUUAUCUCCAUAGAUAACACAUUCUGCUAGGAUCAAUUAAGGUAGAUCACGGAAACCAUUUUCCAUUUACUUGUUGACAUUAAGGAGUAUGUGCGUGAGAGCCUCAGUUUCUAUGGUAGGCACUCGGGUUCAAAUGCUUGCCUGGUUAUAUUAGUCGGAUGAUCUUUUAACAAGCUCCUCCACCCCUUGGUACUAGGUUUUGCGGGUGAAACUUUGGAAUAAUGAUGGGAGCCACUUCAUGGAAUGAGAAAAUUGAUAUGUUCUGUGUUUCCCUAGAGCAUAGACUAUAACAAGUAACAAGUAUCAAUUAUAUCACUACUUUCCAGGGGGCUCUAAAGAGAACGUAAUAGUCUUUGCUCUUUAAGGAAUAUGUGGGAGACGUUUGCAAACAGCACUUGCAGUGUCAUCGGAUACAAAGCCCAGUCCGUCAGAAUGUCUCCAGAAAACUGGGAAGAAUGGUACUUCUCUACCUGGAAGGUCAGAGAUAAGAGUCUCACCAUGGGCAUCUUCUCAGAGGACCAAUUUCCGUGGAGUUAGGGGAGAAGAAGCUAGGCGGUGGGUGGUGUUAAAAUCUUACAUACUGUCCAUUUAACUCAAUCGUCUUGAACAUAAAUCAGGCCUUAAUGUUCAGAACCAUGAUUUAUUACCUGAGAAGGAAAAGGCUAACCCCAUCUCCGAAAGGCUAGAACCUCCCAUUAUGCAAAUGCAUGGAGAGACGUUUAAGGGACCAAAUUGUCUUUUCUAAAAUCUCAAUUCUACCAAAUUUUAUCAGAGAAACAUAAAAGAAUUAGACCUCCAAUGAUUUUUUUCCCCUAGUCGGUAGUAAAUAUAUGCUGUGAUCAUUACACUUGCUUUUUUUCAUAGAAAUUGUGUUAAGCACUUUUAAUACCGGUCUUAACGGAGUGCAGCCAGCGGCAUCCGUUGUUAGCACUGGGGAUUCUCAGUUCAGCUACAUCCGUAGGCCUUGCCUGUGCCGAGCUGACAGCAGUAACAGACAGAGGCUGAGCCAGCCAGAGUCAGCCAGUCAGAGUCCACCCUGCCCCAGAGUCAGCUGAUCGUGGGCCAAGUGCCAGGAGGUCCGGUUAAGAAAUGGUGAUGGUAAAUCUACUGGGAGCAGAUUUGAUUUGCAGGAUACAAUGUUAAUUGUUCUUAUUUUAAAAAAAAGAGAGAUAACAUUUAUGAGCAAAACAAAAUCAGUACAGGUUUUGUGUGUUUCAGACUUUUUUCUUUUGGGCAGUGGUGGCCCAUGCCUUUAGUCCCAACACUUGGGAGGCAGAGGCAGGCAGCUCUCUUUUUGAAGCCAGUUUGAGGUCAGCCUGGUCUACAGAUCAAGUUCCAGUAUAGCCAAGGCUACACGCACACACACACACACGCACAAAACCCUGUCUCAAAAACCCAAUAAUAAUAGUAAUAUUAAUAAUAAUAAUAAUAAUAAUAAUAAUAAUAAUUUUUCUUUCAUUAUACAUUAUACAUUAUAGUAUUGCAAACAGGCUGCCUAACAGUAUCUUUGAAAUAUCAUUAUCAGUCCUGCGUUAGGCUUUGUGGGGGCAGAAAAUCCAUCUUCCUCAGCAGAACCCAAUUGUUCAUCUGUAGUUUUCUUUAAGGCUCCAUCCCGAGCCACUCUGAGACUUGACCAGCUGGCCCUACUCCCUGGUCCUCACCUCACAUCACCUAAAGCAAACAGCCUUGUUCGUGUGCAUGUGAAUGUGAGUCUUGCACAACUCGGAGCUGGGAGAAUCGUCGUGUAUCACUUAUUAAUUUAACAGUUGCUAACCUGGCUCUAAUGCCCACUAAAAGCAUCUGUGCACUCCUUUCCUCUUAACCAUGACUGACUAUGUAGUUUGAUAAUUGUCUGACUGUAAUUUUGGACGAUUGCUAUCAUAUAUAAAAUAGCCUGUAUCAGAUGUGUCCCCUGACUGACUCAUUUAUGUGAUCUCUUUAGGCGUUUUAUGAUACGUUCAUAGGAACUCUCGGGUGGCAGGGGACUAGGAGGUGUCUUUUCAUUUAUCUUGUUGUAAAAUCUAUUGCCUAAAGUGCUUCCAAGCGAAAGGAACACCACACCGGAAAUACAAAAAAAUAGCAUAGUCAGUAUGGCUGUCCUUGGUCCAGGGACAUUUUCAAGAGCCUAGGAGUCAGCAGUUUUCGCUCCCAGGACAUCACCAGCGUGAGAUGAAAUCACACAGCUUGAGGCAUUCCCAGUGCUGAUCCAUUGCACUCAGUGGCCAAGGGACCUGAAAUGAGCGGGACACCGCAUGGUGGGAAUUCAUAGUGAACCCUGAAAUUAAUGACUGCAAACAUUGUGCAUUGUCCCUGUAACUCGGAUGUCACCGUUUACACAUCUUUCAGCCACACUAGAUGCUGCAAAUUAGUUUAUUAUCUGCCUUGGCUUGAAUCAAGUAGCGAAUCUGCCGAGGAAAGCCUAGAGCAUUUUUUUUUACAUUGCUUAUUUAGAGAAGUGUUUGUUUUCAUAACUGCUAUCAGUCAGCGGAUCUCAUUUAAACCUCAGCCGAUCAACAACAACAACAAAACAACAACAACAAAAAGAUAAUGAUGCUACAGCUGGAGAAAGUGUUUUUAACCUGAUUAUAAAUACACACGCAGAGCUGCGGUUCAUUAUACGGCAAUAACGUUCUGUGAUUAUGCUUAUAAAGCAGACUAGACGGCAAGAUUUCAUAGUGAAAACAAGAUAAUUAGUCUCUUUUUUUUUUUUUCAUGUUUUGGAGCAUAAAGUUAGCUCCCCUCCCCUCUUCCUUUUCCUUAAAAGGAAUUGGCGCUUUGUGUCCCCUUUACACACGCCUUGGUACCCUGUCGUUACCUGCUAAGAAGUCUGAACAGAAGUCAGGGAGGAGGAUCAGGAUGACCACUUCCUCUGUAGAAGGAAAGGAAAACCCAUGCUGCUGUCUGUGCAGUUAAUCAGUCUGUGUUCUCCUCUGCGAGGUGCUUGCAGGUGGGGGGUGGGGGUAGGGGGGUUCAUGUCCUCAAAGUGGAAAGAUCAACUUAAGAUAACAGCAUUGGCCGGGCACUGGGAGAUAGAACAAAAGCAACAACUUCAGCCACCGAUGGUCCCUCUGCAGUCACACGCCAUGCACUUCUAGUACCAUCAGAGGCCUUGGCGCCACAGAAACCUCCAGGUGUCUACUUUUAGGCACUGUAACAGGUGCCACAAAUAAUAACCACACCGUGGCCUCCUAACUCUUCUCGUCAAGGCCCUGUUAAAGUGCCAUCUCAUCCUUUUCCCAGCCUGCAUAUUCUCAAUCCCUUUCCUCCACAUCCCCGGGAGCCAGUCCUGUCUGACAUUAGCACUGACUUGCUCUCCGGUAGUGUUCCUCUCACCAUGCAGUGUGUGUGGUGGUAUUCACGUCCACCGUGGCUGCAGAGACAGCCUUGAAUCCCUCUCCACAGAAGGGCCUUGGUAAGUAGGGACUGAAUCAGGUGCUCACCUCCCCGUGGAUCCAGCACAUGUCAUUCAACGGUGUGUGCCUGGCCACAGCAUGGGGCUGGCAGACCACUUCCUCUGUGGAGGGAAAGGAAAACUCAGACCUAGUCACUGAAUUCCUCCAUAGCGUUUUGUUUAUUCUGAUACAUAUCUGCUGGGUGCUGACUGGAUCCUUAGCAUGCUAGAUAUAAAAGCUGUGCACCCCAGCUAGAUAAAUGCAGGGCAGAAAGUGCUGUAAACACACUGCAUAGAAAGUACCCUGCACACAUCAAGAAGGGAGUGGCUAGUUCUGCCUGGUGUUCUACUCUGGUUUCUGAAGAUAGGCUGCAAGCCCUCCAGGGAAAAUUUUGGAAUUCUCCAAAGUCAGGUGCCUGAGUUUUAAGCACCCAGGGCUACAGAAAUGAAACAAACUGCAGUUCUAUCUUUGUCUUCUCUUGCGGCUUAAGAACUCCUGUAACCACCCUAGGUGGUCAAAUCGCUGUAGGAUACACUUGGUGGAGAGGGUUUUAAUAGACUCUACCUGAUACAGGAACUCCUACCAAAAAUCUGAGAUCAGUUCACUUGGAAUCAAAGUUCACAGGAUGUACGCAAUGUAAAACCUUCUGUCAGAUUAUGAUGGUAAAAUUCUCCCCAUUCUAACCAUUCCACAUUGGGCCGCUUGGCAGGUGUUCCCUGAGCGCUUGCUGUGUGUCCAUCCGUUUGCAGGAAUUAGGAGUUCCGCCUCUGGCUCCUGUCAAGUACUUCUAGACCUUUGACCAGCAAGCAGCAAGAUGCAAAAGUCAGGGGAAACCUGACAGCACUGUGCUUUUCAGUGGUAUUUACCAGGCAUUCAGAAGCCAAACAUUAAAUGGCAAAGCGGAACAGAAGAAUGAGGUGACUUUCCGGAUAAUCCAGUCCAAAAUUCCAUUUUCCAGGAGCAAGGUCCAAACACCUUCCUUAGCUGUCUGAGUGAUGUAGGCUAUGCUCUGGAUGCCCUUCACUCUAUAGUGUGCUGGGCACACUGUAGGACAAACAAAAUAAGUGAGCUCUGUUAACCAGGAGAGACUCUGACCCCAGCUCCUAAGGGGCUGCUUUUCAGAGCUGCACCUAUGACAUCUGGGGACUGACAGCGUGAUUGACAGCACACACAGCGUGGGUUCAAGGUCCUUUGUCCUUUCACUGUGACGAAGUCUGCCCCUGCCAUUUCUGUUCGCUCACAUUGUCACCAUUUGUAGGCUUUCAUUGGAGUAAACCAUUUUAUACCUGAUAGAAGGAGCGGGGACCUGUGAGGACAGUUCCUGCAUUUGUCACCUUAGGUGAAAGAAAUUAUUUGACAUUUGAAUUAUCUUGAAGUCAUUUUUUUGGCACAAGCUUUUUUUAGGCCUUAGUUUCACCGUUUAUGGAAACUGGGCGGUUGCAUCCAGGCGGUUCGUGUCUUUUUACCUAUAGGCCUGUGUGAUGGCCCAGCCUUCUCUGAAAUGUUUGCAUGACUCAAAUCGUGUAAGCCUUACUGUUGGAGUUAUCGUGCCCCCUUCUGUGAGUUAUAAGUGGUCAUUGGUUUUGUAAAUUGCAAAAUCGGGCACGCAGAGCUGAGACUAUAUAAUUCAGCCGCUGAUUUCCUCCCCCCCCCCCCCGCACUUAUGCCCAAAGGAAACUGCUCCACAUC